AUGAAAUAUCUCCUCCUAUACUGCCUUCUCUUAGGCUCCGGGGCUUUCGCUGUUACCAUCCCGGCAGCUCCAUCAAAGGCAAAAUAUACAACUGCCUCCAAGGCGGGUCUCCAAGGCCGUCGUCAUUCCGCGAGCAGGAAGUUUAACUAUAACCGUAAGAUCUCACCAAGCGAAAUCAAUAAGUACCUACAUCCAGAGAUCGUCAUCACGGAAAACGCCAUAUACUGCGGUGGUACAGAGCCAAUAGUCGUCGAUGGAGUAAUCCAAGGAUGCGUCUUCACAAACACAGACGAAGAAAUCCUAGAUGCAAUCGAGGCCCUUACUAUUGCCAAAAACCUGACCGAUGUUCCCGACUUCGAGAAUAACAUUAUCGAAGACCCACCUUCCGAUCUCUCUCGCCGAUCGCUCCUAGACCCCGAGGAUGUCGGUCCCGGUUCGCAUGUAUCCCUCGCAAAAAGAGAACCGUGGCAGUAUACCUUAACCUACUGUCACACCUCAGGCGUCUCCGGGUCUAUAGACCCUCCAAUCACAGCCACAGCACUCUCCGUGUGCAAAUCAAUGGAUAACCUCGCCGGAACGCAUACAAGAUCUGUUUCUUGGGUAAUUGUUAGUUAUGGCGCCGGAUCGACAUCUACUUACAUGUUUGCCUGGGGCACGCGAAACCGUAUCAGACAUGAUUAUAAUUUCGUUUCCCUCAAAGACGGGGAUGAUUGGGUAUGGAGCUCUUUCCAGGGCCAGUGCUUCGGGAUUGUUAUGGCGAUUGCCAAACAACUUUGCCGUAUUAGGGCAAUAGAGGUGACUAGGGGGGGUUAUGUUGACGCUUAUGAUCCUUCUCGCGGUGCAGGCCGUAAGUAUAGAAUUGGGCUUGAUCCUAAUCCACUGAAUGGCCUUGGUUAA